UGUACACACACCACUGAACAAUCUAGCCAACAAACUGUUUCUUUACCCUUUUAAUCACCUAAACGAAAAUUAAAUUUGGGCACAAAUAAUCGUAUACCGCCGCAUAAUCGUAAUUUCAAUAUGUGUCCUUGAUUGGCUUCUCGUGACGAUCUUUAAUCAUAAUUUCAAUCUGUGUCCUCGAUUGGCUUCUCGUGACAAUCUGCAAUGCACAGAGACUCAGAGAACAAAUAAACUUAAGACAUCCAUGGCUUUAUCGCUCUUAAGCAACAGUCGGCGGCCUUUUUAUUCAGACGAUGUCACGCUGCGCAAUCCUUCUGGUUCUUGUCUUAUCCAUGUUCACUUUCUCAAACGGUGAGAACAAUGGAGAUCAUCCAUUUGCAGCAAAGGCUUCUCUGUUGCGCUUUAGACGACGCGCAUUGCCCGAUGCGCGGCUUCCACCAUUCUUGCUGCAAAAGGCCUCGCCCCUGAAUGCUUCUUCCGUUGCUCUGUUUUCUCUCUAUUUGAAAAAUCACACACUGUCCGAUCAUAUCGCCUCCUUCUGCAGGGCAGCGGAGCUUUUCUGUACUCACACAGCGGUGAGAAACGGCAAAGCCAUGGCAGGAUCCUCGGAUUUCAAAAACCCUAAGGUAAAGAAGCUCAAGCAGAACAGGGCAAACGACAAUGCAUUCAAAAAUAACUCCAACGGCAGCUUACAGAUCUCCAGAAACUAUGCCCCCGGAUCCAAGGUGAAAGACGAGGGUUUUGCCACAUCCAGCGAAUUUGCUCAGUAUGGCAACGGUUUCAACAGCCCUAGCGUUGCCUUCACUUCCUAUAGCUUCAAAUUCACUUUCAAAAACUAUGCCAGGAACGACAUAACUUUUUCAAAUUACAAAGCGAUGAGCGUGGAGGCUGGAAAGUUCUUCAGGGAGAAUCUGCUGGUGCAGGGCAAAACCCUCCUCAUGCCCGAAAUCAAGGAUUUCAUGCCCAAAAGAUCGUUCCUUCCCGCCUCUCUGGCAAAUAACCUGCCCUUUUCUACCCAAACUCUGCCGGAGCUGAUGAAAAUGUUUCACAUUCCAGAGAACUCGUCAAUGGCGGCGAUCAUGGCGCGGACGCUGCGACAAUGCGAAAGGGCGGCGGUGAAGGGCGAAAUAAAGAAAUGCGUGAGGUCGGUGGAAAGCAUGGCGGAAUUUGUAGUGUCAGUGUUGGGCUCAAAGGUGGAGGUGCUUACCACAGAAAGCACGGCGGGAUCUGGACACAACGUUUCUGUGGGCGCCGUCAUGGGCAAAGGUGGAGGGAAGAUUACAAGGUCUGUGUCGUGUCAUCAGAGUCUGUUUCCGUUUCUGGUUUAUUACUGUCAUUCGGUGCCCAAGGUUAGGGUUUACCAGGCUGCAUUGUUGUCAAUGAAGGAGGAGAAGAAGAUAAACGAGGGAGUGGCCAUCUGCCAUUUGGACACCAGGCAAUGGAGUGCAAAGCAUGCGGCAUUUGUGGCGUUGGGACAUGAGCCAGGGGAGAUCGAAGUCUGCCAUUGGAUUUUCGAGAACGAUCUGGUCUGGGUGCCGCUGGCCGCAUAACAUUUUGUUAAGCGGAUAUGGGAAGCAUCAACUGUGUCGUUUAGUAACAGAAAGUAAAUCUGAAAUUGCUUCAUGAUUUCUAUAA